CUUGGCUGGUUGAUGUGUAAAACGGUUCCAUACAUUCAAGGAGUAUCUGUAGCUGCCUCCGUUUACAGCCUCAUUGCAGUCUCACUCGACAGGUUUAUUGCCAUCUGGUGGCCAUUGAAGCAAAUGACAAAAAGUCGUGCUCGCUUUAUGAUAUUCUGUAUAUGGGUUAUUGCUUUUGGCACCACUAUACCUUGGGUUUUAUUCUUUGAUUUGGUACCAGCAGCAGAAUCAUUUCCGGCAGCACCGGAUUUAUAUCUAUGUCAAGAAGUAUGGCCUCCUGGAACCAAUGGCAAUUUAUAUUUUCUAUUAGCACAUUUAGUAGCUUGCUAUUUGUUACCUAUGUCACUCAUAACCUUAUGCUACGUACUUAUAUGGAUAAAAGUCUCAACACGUUCUAUACCAGGUGACUCUAAAGAUGCACAAAUGGAUCGCAUGCAACAAAAGUCUAAAGUGAAAGUUAUUAAAAUGCUUGUUGCUGUCGUAAUACUAUUUGUUCUCUCUUGGCUGCCACUCUACGUCAUCUUCGCUAGAAUAAAAUUUGGCGGAGAAAUCUCUAUAGAGGAAAGUGAAAUACUUAACAAGGUUACACCUUUCGCACAAUGGUUAGGUUCAUCCAAUUCUUGCAUCAACCCAAUAUUAUAUGCAUUUUUCAAUAAAAAAUACCGCCGAGGCUUUGCCGCUAUUAUUAAGUCACGAUCCUGCUGUGGACGUUUAAGAUAUUAUGAUAAUGUUGCCAUAGUCUCUUCAACAACGAGUACACGCAAAUCUUCUCAUUAUCAUCACAAUGGUUCUCGCAAGAGUCCUAGCAGUCCCGGUCUACGUAAAAAUAAUGUUUCCUACAUAUACGAACAUAAUUCCUUGCGUAGACAUAAUCUUAUAGUAAAACAAGACAGCAAUCUUUCGCAACAAAUGUUACUCAAACAAGAUUCACAUGGUUCUCGACAACUUCUGAUCAAACAGGAGAGUGCAUCAAGUGAUGGAUCUAGACGACUUUUAUGCCAACAAGAUAGUAAUGGUUCCUAUAAUAUAGAAAUAAAACGCUCAACUCAAAUUACACACAAUCAAGAUCGUUCUCAAGACAGCUUUGCCACUUCCCAAGAAUGCAUAUCAAAUGAUUCUAGACGUGGUAUCAAUGCCGGUUCUCCUACCAUUAGUUCAGUUUUAGAAUACAAACGUCAAAAAUUUGUGAAACAAGAUUCUGUGCUUUCAUUUGUGGAUCAACGCCCAGAACCACGUAGACAUCAACUUGUUAAGCAGGACUCUGUUAUAUCAUUUGCAGAUCAGAAGCGAGGUUUACUCAAUAAACAAGACUCAAUUUUUGCUGGUCCAAAUCGUUCAGGUGAAAGUACUGGACAUCAUGUUUCAAUAUUAAAGAAAACCGAUUCACAGAAUAGCAAUGGCUUACCUUCACCACGUAGAAAUAUGGAAUAUUAUGAAUAAGUUACUAACAAAAAUAAAUUUUAAUAUAUAUAUAUAAUUAUAUAAAAUAUAUAAUAAUAUACAAUACACAAGACCUUGUUAACAGCAAACACGCUAGACUUUGGGUAUAGUGUUUCUUACAUAUCCUACACUAAGAAUAGAUAAUGAAUGUUGUAGAAACCAAUUAAAUUAGGGUUUUUAUUGGUGAUAUUUUGUAAGAGUUUCACAAAAUUUUGGGAUACACUGUUUUUUAACUGUUAUUUGCUAGAAUAUAUUUAAUAAUACUUAAACCAAUAUUUUAAUAGUUUGUUUUUAAAAGAAGAAA